CCCUUUUUUCCCCAGCAGAUCAGAAGUAAAUUUGUUAAAGAUGGCGUGGAACAUCAGGGAACUAAUGAAAAUGUGCAGAUUUCUUCUCUUAGCGAUUUUGUUUCUUCCACGUGAGGUGACAAGUUCUGUUCUAACUGUGAAUGAUAGAACUGAGAACUAUAUCUUGGACACUUGGCUCGGCUCCCAAGAAUCUCUGAAAUGUGCUGUUCAAAACCACACCAGAGAGGAAGAACUUCUCUGGUACCGAGAAGAGGGGACAGUGGAUUUGAAAUCUGGAAACAAAAUCAAUUCCAGCUCUGUGUGUGUCUCCUCCAUCAGUGAAGAUGACAACGGAGUCACCUUUACCUGCAAACUGCAGAGAAAUCAGUCGGUGUCCAUUUCCGUGGUGCUGAAUGUCAUUUUUCCUCCUAUUCUAAGUGGAGACGACUUCCAAACAGUUGAGGAAGGCAGUGAUGUGAAGUUGGUUUGCAAUGUGAGAUCCAACCCCCAGGCUCAAAUGAUGUGGCACAAAAAUAGUGAUAUCCUGAAUUUAGAGAAAAAUCACCAAGUCCACCAGACAAGUGAGUCUCUUCAACUGUCAAUCACCAAAGUCAAGAAAUCUGACAAUGGAACCUACAGCUGUGUUGCAAAUUCAUCUCUGCAAAUGGAGACCAAGGACUUUCACCUCAUCGUCAAAGAUAGAGCUGUGACUGUGCCAAAAGAACCCAUUAUUGCCGCAUGUAUUGUGGUCUUUCUGACAUUGUGCUUUGGACUGAUUGCUAGAAGAAAAAAAAUAAUGAAGCUCUGCAUAAAGAAUGAAGAUCCUCAAAGAGAAACCGCUUUGUAAGCACUCUGGGCUGGGGCCAAUGAUUUUCCAUGAGCAGACAGAUGAGAAAGCUGAGAUGCCAUCCAACACAACAAGAGUUUUGCAUCAGGACUUCCUUGAUUUAAUGUAGUCCCAUCUGUAUUUAUCGCUAUUAUUAAAUUCACUCCUGUCAAAUUGUCAGAGGUUAUGAAGAAGUGUUUCAUUAGGCACUUAACAGUAGCUGUGAUGACUAAUUUGAUAUUCUUGCAGAACAUAUUUAUGGAGAAAACUAUUAAGAAGGAAAAGUAAGAUUCUGUUGUCUUCUCCUUGAAGCAUAUGUUAUUUAAUGGAGGUUUGCUCCAAAAAGCUUGGUCACCGUUUACCAUUUAGUAUGUAUUUUUCUAGGUAGGAAAUGGACGGACAUUUGGGUUUCAUGAAUAAGUGCAAUACCAGAAUGGAAAGGAGAGCUGAACAUAGAGUGAUCAAUUUUUAAGUUGCCAAAGAAGUACAUAAAUAAUAUCAAUUAUCAUCUACUUUCACUGUCGUCUCAUAAAUGAAAUGUUUUAGGACUAAAAAAAGGAAGGAUAUAAUCUCAGAAUAUAAGGCAUUCCUUUAAACAGAA